GCUGGCAAGAGCAGUGGGGCAGGAGCUGGGCGGAUGUGUGCCCCGCAGGGAGAUCCCUGCUACCUUCAUCAGCACCCCCUCCUGAGAGGCCAGGUUUGCUUUAAAGACCCUGGCUUCCUUUUAUUGCUUCCCCUCUCAGAUUGCAGCGCCUGCCAGGGCUAUUUUUAGCGUCCUGCCUUCUAAAAAUAGCCCCGGGCUGUUUGGGUUGCGUCAGGAGAGGUAACCCUGCACACCGCGGGAGGGUACAAAAGGAGGCCGGCAGGGAGCAGCAGGGUCAGCAGGUUCAGACGCAGCCAGAGGCGAAGGAGGGAGCAGCAUCCCAGUGCCAGCAGCAUGACCAUCUUCUGCAGCCACUGCCACAGGCCGCUGCAGGCGGAGAUGAGCUGCCUGCCCAGGAGGGGCAAGGAGGUGCCCAGGGCCUCCAAGCCAUUCAGGUCAACCAAGAGUGCCUCCAAGGCUCGGCGGGACCAGAUCAACAUGGAGCUGCAGGCACUGCGCUCCCUACUGCCCAUCUCUGCACGGGAGAAGGAGCGGCUCUCCUACCUCCACACCAUGGCCCUGGUGUGCCUCCAGCUGCGGGGGGCUCAGCUUUUCCCCCCAGGUACCCACAGCACCGCCGCACCCCACAUGAGCUUGGCUCUGCGUGGGGCACUGCUCCUGCCCCACCACGGCAGCGCUUCACCCUGUGAUCCAUCCCCUGCAGACUGCGCUGCUCCUGCGGGACCAGCCCUCGGCACGGAGCUGCUCUCCCUGCUCCCGGGGUUCCUGCUGGUGCUCUCGGCCAAUGGCAAGCUGGUCUACGUCUCCGAGAACGUGGCCCAGGUCCUGGGCCUCUCCAUGGUAAGGCCUGCCCACUGUGGUCACUGUCCCCACGUACCUGUCCUGGUGCCUUUCCCGUGUGCCUGUGGCUCCAGCGGGCUGCCUGGCUCACCGCAGCCCCUCUGUUGUCAGGUGGAGCUGCUUGCCCAUGGGGACACGGUCUUUGACAUCCUGGACCAGCAAGGCCACGAGGACGUGCGCAAGAAGCUCCUCCUUGCCCAGGAGGAGCCAGGCAGGGAAGUCACGUUCGUGUGUGAGAUGCGCACCUCCAAGGCCUUUCAACAGCAGCACGGGGGGAACCGGGCCGUGGUGGUACGCGGGCGCUUCACAGCCCUGCGCUGGCCGCCCUCCCGCUCCGCCACAGCCUUCCUGGCCCUCUGCAGCCCGGUGAGGCAGCUGCCUGCGGACGCUGGCUCCCAGGAGGACCUGUUCCAGAGCACACACAGCCUCGACAUGACAUUUACCAAUGCCACGGAGAGUGUCAUCUACCACCUAGGCUACCACAGGGAGGAACUGAUGGGUCAGUCGUGGUACAGCCUCCUGCACCCCGAGGAUGCUGACCUGGCAGCCUCCCAGCACAGGGCUGUGGAUCUCUCUCACAUGUCUUUUGAGGAACUGCUGCAAAUGCAGAAUGACUCAAGAACAAGUGUGUGCAAGCAAGUGACCAGUGGGAAGAAAACUGCCAAACCUACCAAAGCUACAGUGAAGCAGCAGCAAGGCAAAAAGGGGCCAUUGGAGAUGUCUGCCAAGAAGCCUGUACCUUUUCUGCGCCAGGUCGUCUCUGUCAGAAAGAAGGUCCACAGAGACCCUCGAUUUGAUGACCUCUCUGGAGAGUAUAAGCCUGAAAUAUUUAUGAAGACUUACAGCUUCCUGGAGAGUAUCAAGAAGCAGGAGAAAGAGAUGAUUCAGAAGCAGCUGAAAAAAUGCCGGAACGUGGAGCAGAAGGAGAAACUCCAGCAGCUCCUGAACCGCAUGACACAGCAAGAACAGGCACUGCAAAAGCAGCAGAAAUUGAGGGAGAGGGAGCUGUCUUGGAAGAGACAACAGAGGGAAUUGGCCAAGCAGGGAAAGAAGCCCUUCUUCCUAAAGAAAUCUGAGAUGAAGAAACUGGAGCUAGCUGAUAAGUAUGCAGAGUUGAAGAGGAGUGGGAAGCUGGAAAGCUUCCUGAACAAGAAGAGGAAGAGGAAUGCCAUCAAAGACAAGCGCCGCCUGCCCUCGCAGAAGAGCUUGUGACUGCUGGACAGACAUGCUCUUGUCUGGCACUGGGACUCACUCUGCCUGGGCCAGGCCCUCUUCCUGGUAUCCGUCUGUCACUGUACAGUGCUGAUGUAGGGCAGCAGAGUCUGAACUAAAGAAAAUAGUGCUUUUUGUA